GCGGACCGCUUCGGUGAAGCCAUCGGCGAGCGGGCACAAUGCCGCGAAGUCAGUCUCGGGUGUUUGAGGAUGGGGGGGAGGACGAGAAUCGGAAGGCGCAGAAGAAGUGUUGCGUGUAGAAGUACAUCGGCGUGGGACAGAGUCUCGGCGAGAGAUUCCGCAGCAAUCGCAUGUUGAAGUGCGUUUUCUGUGGCCACGAGUUCCAGGGCAACCUGUUCGUGGCGGCGCGCCAUUUCCGCCAGGGCAAGGGAUGUCCGGAAGUGACCGACGAGGCACUUGUCGACAUCCACUACAAUAGUGAGUACAAGAUGUCCGACAAGUUCCUAGAGCGGAUCCAGCAAUUUGAGGAGCUUCAUGGUGCGGCGCCUGCGACGGAUCUGCGACGGGACAAGGGGGGGGAGGGAGAGAUGAGGGACGCGAAGGAGCAGAUCGACGUGGACGACGACGUCGAGGAGGGUGCACAGGCGGGGUCGUCAGGGAGGGAGCGAGGGAAGGGCGUUGUCAGCGAGCCGGGGGGGCAGCAGGGCCAGUACUUUGCGUCGGUGCACGUGUCGGUUCGUACACGGGCAGGUGCGGAUACUGCUGAGGCGGGUCCGUCUGCGGGGAAGAGGAAGGAGAGAGAGGAGGGGGCCAGACCGACGACAGCACAGAAGAGGAUGAGACAGAACACGAUCACGGAGUCAUUCUCUUCAAAGUGGCAGAUGGAGUUCAAGAAGAGGUGGCUGCAGUUUGUGUACAGUCAGCGCCUGGCGUUCAACGUCUUCCGUAGCGAGCCGUGGUUGGACGUCGUGAACGCCAUCUGCACCGACUUCGCCUCGGCGUACGUCGCCAUGGCGAACAUGCUCCAGGGGUCCCAGCAGAGGCCAGAGCAUCGACGGAUCACGUGGCUCCCAUGCGCAGUGCAUGUCUGCAACAAGAUGUUGUCAGACAUUGGCUGUUCGGGGCCGUGGUCCAAGGACAUCAUCGUGAGGGGGAGAGCAUUGGUGCGCUUCAUUAAGGAGCACGGCGCCGCUCUCCAUAUCUUCCGGGGGGAGAGCGGUCAGAUGGGCCUCAUCUAUCCUUGCGAGACACGUUUCGCAUCCGUGUGUGCGACGGUGGAGCGUUUGCUGGCAGUGAGGUCAGCUUUGGAGAGGACGGUGGAUGGCGAUACUUGGGGUAUUGUCCCUUGGGACUAUUCUGUUCGUCAUUUGGCUAGGUGGUUCAGGUGGCAGGUGCGACAUGGGAGUUGGUGGGAUUCCAUGGGCACCUUGUUUCGUAUCAUGGAGCCUGUGUACGACCUGCUGCGCAGGUUGGACUGCAGAGGGCUGCACAUGUCGCGGGUGGUUGAGUGGAUACAGGAUCUGGCCCGCCAGGCAGCAGACGAGGUUUGUGCACUUCCAGCAGAUCUUGCACACUACAUUGUGAAGAGGGUGCAGGCUCGAUGCGCUCACAUGCUGGAGCCGGCGCACGCCGCUGCUCACCUUCUCUGUCCCAGCCGGCGGUACUUGCGGUACUUAGAGGGCGUGGUCAGCGACUACGACACGAGCUUGGUGAGGAAGGAGGAGACUUACAUCUUGUCGCAGACAGGGUUCAGUGUGGCGAGCCGCGACUACGAGACCGCAUGUGCCCAGUUGCGCGACUUCCACACACGAAGGCAUCAGUAUUCGCCCCUCGUGGAAGGGGACGGACGAGAGCAGGACGCGGGAGGAGCUCGAGGAUCAGAGACGUUCUUGGCAGCGAGACCCAUGUGGGUCCAGAGCUCCUCCGGGUGAUGUGGGCGAUGUUUUCGGGAGUCGAGCCGCCACAUUGCACCCGUACCCUCAAGA